CAUUACAAUUACCAUCAUUAAAAUUAGAAUCACAAUAUGAAGAUAUUUCGGAUGAUGAAGACAUGGGAUUGAUACCGGUUCAUGUACAAGAUGAACCGCUCUUUCAUUCUCCAGUACCAGUCGAAGUGCGUGAUGAGUUAGUAGUCCAUGCACAAGAUGGACUAACCGAACCGUCGCCAUUACAAUAUGAACCUAUUUCUGAUGAUGAAGAAGACCAAAAUAUCGUUUCACAACAUAACCCUUCGUCAGUGCAUAAUCGUCUAGUAACACCUCAACGAACUGUUCGAAUGGAAAAACGUCGUUCUCCCGACAGUCACAAACAAUAUAAUCAACUACAAAACCGUCGACGUCGAGCCCGCAGAUAUAAACAUGAAGUAAUUCGUUCAAUUUAUCAUAAAUUUAGUGUCACAAAAGUUAAGCGUAUACUUCGGUCUAUGAACAUUCGUUACGUCAAUUUUAAUGUAGUUGGCCACACACUAUUCAUUGGCAUGAAAGAUGACCGUAGUCGAGCGCAAUUGGAACAAAUGUUACAUGAUAAUAUGUUUACCGAACCACACUAUUAUCGUUUAUAUCCGCAAUAA